UCGCAUUGUUACUUUCUCUAAAUCACACAAUGAAUACAAUUCUUUUUCUUUCGUCAAGGUUAUUCUUUUCGUCCGUGUAAACAGAGCGUUGACAUAAUGUUCGCACUGCGCAGUUCCGUCCCGUCGUGCUCUCUCUUGAGUGACCUCCAUGUUUAUCGAUUUCACCGUGAUACACACAUGUACCCACGCACGCCCGCACGCACGCACUACAUAAACCCACACACUUUCAAUCCAGCGCUUCAAAUCUAUUCGCAUCGCUCGUCUGCAGAAGAUGUAUUUUGCGACACUGCUUUUACUACUUCAGAAUGACAAGCGAAGAGACUACACGGAUCGAGCUGAGAGAGACAGUAGGAGAAGCAGAUGGACAAACGAAAGCAUCCCCUCUCCCAUCGGGGCCCUUGCUCUCUAAUAACGGGGGACCUGCCGCCGCAGAAAAUGGCGGGAACUCUCAGAGGAAUGGCGGAUGUGAAAAGAAACAGACAUUUAGCAAGAGGAGAAUAAGGGUCUACAAAAUCGUCUGUUUAACGUUGGCCAUCGUUCUCAUCGUGGUUCUCGUUAUAAGUUUAUCACUCACACUAAGAGGUUCGCUACAUAAAAAGACGGGAGCCCGAACAUCCACGGCCGCAACUUUGACAGAACAAAGCAGACCGUUCUCAACCAGUAGGCCAACUUACCAAACAGUACCUGCUAUUAUUCUCAAUAUAGAUAGUAUAUCCGUAUCUCUAUCUCUCACAUUUCCAUCAUCGACUUACAAAGACGCCUACUCAGAUCCUAACUCACCGGAAUAUCAAGAGAUAGAGUCAAACUUUACUAAAAAUAUAGAUGGCGUCUUUCAAAAUAGCGAAUUUACAUCCGUAUAUGACAGGGUAACAGUGGAUGAAAUAAGAUCAGGUAGCAUCAUCAUUGAUACAACAAUCCAUCUCAACGGUAUACCAACCCAUCUCCAUGGCGACCUUGCAUCAGUUGAUAUUGCUGAGAUGGAGAUGUUUCUUGGGAAGAGGGUGCAAUCAAAUUUAGAAGAUGGAUACCCGACUGAUGAUAUAUUACUUUUCAAAUUAAAUGGAGCUAAAGUCAGCUCUCCAUCUCUUUCAACAAUAGCACAAGAGAUCACCAUUCCUAUAGUACACAAUACUAGAUGUUUCCAAUGCUCGUCAAGCAGGGACUGUGUACCCCUGUCAUGGGUGUGUGACGGCCAUGCGGACUGCGAUGAAGGCGAAGACGAGAUGAACUGCCCCUGUGAUGAAGGCUUCCUAUGUGGCAGUGGACUAUGUGUGGAUCCGAGUUAUCGGUGUGACGGGUCGCCCGACUGUGAUGAGGGGGAGGAUGAAAUGAACUGCACAUGUAACAAGGUUACCGAAUACCAAUGUCCGUUCACCAAUUCUUGUAUUCCGAAGACCGCCCUCUGCGACUUCACUCCAGAUUGCCUUCAUCAUGAAGACGAAUCAGAAGAUGUCUGCCAUUUUGAAUCAUUUGCUGAAAAUGUGAAUCUCACAAUCGGCGACUCCCGUAUCAUCGGUCUCCCUAUCCCUCUUCAAAAGACUGGAUUCUUAGGCCCUGGCGCCUUUGGUCUUUGGUUCUUCAGCUCCCCCGAAGUUCCAGCCGAAUUUCUCAUCAACGUGACGGUCAGAAUCACUGGAAGCGGCGCGUCGUUCCUCAAAUUCGGGCGAGGUCUGAACGCAACGCGGGCUCCUCUGGCGGCUUUUACUGAGGCCCACGCUGUGAGCCCAGGUGAUUUGAAUCCAUUCUACGCGAGGAACGACAAUGUAUGGGUGGUACUAUACCAGAGCGACAAUGAUAUCGUAGAGGGAGCCUUCAGUGUGACAGCGGUUCCUGCAACGGAUUGUAUAGAUGGAGAAGUGGCUUGUCAGUUCUCACCGGAGUGCAUCCCUCCUGGAGGCCGUUGCGAUGGCAACGAGGAUUGUUCUUUCACCGGUGAGGAUGAGACUCUCUGUCUCUUACCACUCAACCCUGAUGAGAUGAAUAACUAUUCGGACUACUCUAGCAACUCUAAUUCCUUUAGCUCAUCAGCAUAUUUUGGAAAUUAACGGAACAAAAUUGAUUAAUAUUAAUAUCAAUAAUAUUCCGCUUUUAUAUACCGCUUAAUACAUGAUUACAGCAUUCAGGGUACAGGAUACAGGAUUUCAGAUAAUAAUUACCCCGGUCAUCGAAGUAUUCACAUUCUUCACUCCGGUCGCAUCUGCUCAUCCAACCACAUGAAUCUUCGCAUGCUACCGGAUACCCAUUUAACCCAUGGAUAGACAGUAGCAAGUGCAGGUUAAUAUCUUGCCAAAGGAUAUUAGUGCCGUGUCUGGAUUCGAACCCUCGACCUUCGCAUAUCCAGUCAAGCGCUUUUAACCACUCGGCCACGACACUCCAUGCACUCAAAAACUGUACCCUUUGGAAUUUAAGGGAUAUUAUUAUGAUUAAAACGAGGACGAUGAUGAAGAUGACGACAACGACUAUAAUAGUGAUGAACAUUAUAAAGAAAAUAACAAUAAUUGUAGAGAUAACAGUAACAAUAAUAAUUUUUCUUUUAUCAAUGCUACUCUUUGAUUUUGUAAUACCAAUCAUUUCUUUUAUAGUACGAUUACAAAUAAUAAUGAUUUUUAUGAUAAUGAUGAAACAAAAAAAAAACUAAAAUUAUAAUAAAACAACGAUAGCGAUUAUGAUAAUAAUGAUAUUGAUAAUAUUAAAGUUGAUAACACUAACAUUGUUUUCUAUCAUAGGUCUUUAUAAAAAAACACUGUUCUAUUUCCACGUUCAAAUGCGCUUUACAAUGAUUUUAUUGACGGGAUCAGUGACUUACGAACAUUCAGCGUUGUUUGUUUUAAUGAGGUGUGUUGCAUUAGAUUAAUCAUUACGUAAUGAUCCCUAAAAAAGAAAAUGGACAGAUAAAUAUAGAUUCACUAACUAAGCUUUUAAUAACAAAUUGUUAAAUAAAAGGAUACAGUUUUCUAUUGUUAACGUUGAAUUUUUGUUGGCGCUUUACAAUGAUUUUAGUGACGGGAUCAGUGACUUACGAACAUUCAGCGUUGUUUGUUUUAAUAAGGUGUGUUGCAUUAGAUUAAUCAUUACGUAAUGAUCCCUAAAAAAAGAAAAUGGACAGAUAAAUAUAGAUUCACUAACUAAGCUUUUAAUAACAAAUUGUUGAAUAGAAGGAUACAUUUUUCUAUCGUUAACCUUUAAAAAAAAUUGGGCAUCAAACUGCGCAUCUAUAAACACAUUUGAAGCUACAUGACUAUUAUAAAUGCACACUUCGUUUAAUAUAUCAACCUCUAUGAUAAACGUAGGAAUUAUUCAUAUCAAACCAAAGAAAAUAUACAAAAUAAUACUACAAUAGUUUCAAAUACUUUAACAGAUAAAUUGUCUAAAACUUUGGUUAACGAAUAUCUCUACUUUUGAUUACAGUAUGCUCCUUACUCCAUCUAAACAAGAAAAACUAAAAGAUGGAACAAAUAUUUGAUUUUUCUCGGGGGGGGGGGGUAGUGCCCAAUGGCAAGCCCUCCAUAUAGCAACAAGAGAUUUUACGAAAGUAUAAUCAUCUUACCAGUGCCCUUGUGAGAACAUUAACUUUGAAUUAAAACCACACGGAAUAACGCAAAUUUCAUCUAAGAUCAGUAACUGUGAUUGUAAAAUGAUAAACAUAUUAAGUACUUUACUAUUGUGGUGUAUAUGUACAGUUUGGUGCGUACUCUUUAAUGUAUAAUGGUUCAUUGUUAUUUGCAUCUUCAUUGUUCUUAUUUCUAAAUAUCUUGGUAUUUAUAGCAAAAAAGAGAGGACGAAACAAGUUGACAGUAUAAAUAAAAAGUGUAAAUAUCUUUA